AUGUCGGCCUCUCCACACGAAACGAGAGUCCAAGACUUUGCGUCCGCUCCACCCGCUCCCGACCAGCCAGAGCGGUCUGCCUCGGAUUCGGCCGCGCCUCCACAUUUGACCAUCGAUACGCAGCUCGACGAGCAGAGACGUCGCGGCCGCUCUGCCACGUCCACCACCGCUACUGCAGCACAUCCCAACCCAGAGGAACUCCUUUCCCCUGAUCGCUUCUCGGUAGACUCGACUCUGCGCCGACGCAUAACGCGAUCGCACACGGUAAAACACUACCAGUCCCCCACGCGCCCAUACCAGCAUCAAGAACCAGGUGCUGAGCCGGGUGUCGACACCAAAAAUGAGACGGAUGGCGCCAACUACCACCAUCUCUAUGCGCGCUGCCAGAUUACCGUUGUAGACUUCUCCGACGAGCGCGUCGAGUGCCAUGAACUGGAUAAUGAUACAUUGGAGGACUUUCUCAACUACCCAAAGGAAGACUGGGUAGCAUGUCGCUGGAUCAACGUCAAUGGCUUGUCCUGGGACGUGAUUCGUACCCUGGGAAACCACAAGCAGCUGCAUAGGCUGGCCAUUGAGGAUUUGAUGAGCACGCAGAGUAGGACCAAGGUCGACUGGUACUCUGAUCAAGCCUUCUUGCUUCUGACUCUGUCCAAACUUGUCCGGACGCCGAUGGACGAGGAUUCCGAGAGCGAUUCCGACUCCGACUCUGACGACAGCGAACGACGACGGCACAAGGCUCGCUCACGGUCUCGCUCACGACACCCGCAGAAGAAGAAACCCAAGAAGUCAUCGCUCUUCAAGACAGCAAAGAACCUACUCUUCCCCAAGAGCGAAGCCAAGAAGCAGAAAAGCCAAGAUGAGAUGAUGAGCACAUUAGACGGGCUAGAGAAACAGCUCGACGGCACACCGUUUGAGAAAGUCAAGAUAUCCACUCCACCAGCAACAACCGCUGUACGCACCCUCCAACGAUAUCGCGGCGGCUACAACCUCGACCGAAUCGUCUACCUCGAACAACACUCCGCCCUCACUGAAAAGCACCUAACCGUCAGCGUCGAACAAGUCAGCAUCUUCCUCCUCGCCGACAACUCCGUAAUCUCCUUCUUCGAGCACUCGGCCGACGACGUCGAAGACAUGAUCCUCAAGCGCCUCCGAACCGAAGACACGAUCCUGCGCCGCAGCCAAGACAGCAGCAUGAUCGUGCAAGCCAUCAUCGACGCCAUUGUUGAUCUCGCAAUCCCCGUCGUAGCCGCCUACGAAGACGCGAUGGGCGAGCUAGAACUCGACGUCUUGGAAGACCCUGAAUUGCACCACUCGCAACUCCUCUACCUGCUCACUUCGGAAUUAUCCAUCUUGCGAAACACCAUCCAACCCAUUGUCUCGCUCAUCAACUCCCUCCGUGACCACAAGGCCGAUCCCAUGGCCCAGGCCAUGACAGCCAUGAAUAUGAGCCAGAGUACCACGAAUUUGGCGACCCGCAAGACCAUGUCUAGUAUCAACAUUUCCCCCUUGGCACACACGUACUUGGGCGACGUAGAAGACCACUGCAUCAUGAUAACCGCGUCGCUCGACCAAAUGCGGCGCGCAGCCGAUAACCUCAUCGACCUCAUCUUCAACAUGAUGGGUGCCUUUCAAAACGAAUCCAUGAAGAUACUCACCGCUGUCACCAUUUUCUUCCUGCCCCUGACCUUCCUCGUCGGAUACUUUGGUCAAAACUUUGAACGCUUUUCCGGUGUCCAGCAUCAUUCGGAUGCGUUUUUCUGGAUUAUUGCCGUCCCCGUCAUGGUUGUUACGCUCGUUGUGCUCAUGGCAGAUCGUAUUCUGAGAAAGUUUAGACAUUGGAGUGGCAAGUUGAAGAGGCGGGAGGCGAAACGUAGGGCGGUUAGGAAGGGCAAGGUGCGUGCGAAUGGCAUUUUGGGCGAUGGCAUUGGGUUGAGCAAUGGAGUCCAAGGGUCGAAAGGGAUGAGCCAGGGGCAGGGCAUGAGGCAUAAGAGGAGGCAGACUAUGUAUAGUAAGGGGAAUAUUGGGUCGUUCUAA